AUGCCAGUGGACUCAGAGUCAGUGAGAACUGAGGAGAUGUGGAGCAGAGCGGCUGCAGAUAAAACGGAGUGCUCUGCUUAUAGUCGAGCGCGCGCGCGCGCCCUAGCGGCUAUGCUGAAGAUAAUGCAGGGCGCCACCAGUAUCCAUCGAUGUGCGAUGCUCUCCACCGCACGCUGCAGUGUCCUCCCCGUCCGUCCGCAACCUUGCGUCGCCGUCCCCGUCCCCCGCGGGCGCGCGCGGGCGGUCACCGCCGUCUCGGUGAGGCCGCGCCGCCGAGGCGCGCGCCGGGACCGCUCGUGGGAGGACGACGGCGGCGGCGGGAGCGGCGACGAGGACGGCAUCGACGAGAGCUUCUUCGGGGACGCGCGAGACGAGGAAGACGAGCCGGAGGAGGAGGAGCCGGGGCGACGGGCGGCCGGCUCGCCGGAGUCGGCCGCGGGGCAGCUGCGCGGGUCCGACGUGCUGCGGGCGCUGCAGCGGGCGGCGGCGGCGAAGGAGGCCAAGAAGAGGAGCAGAAGGAGCGCGGGCGGGGCGCGGCUGGCUGCGCGGCGGCAGGGGAAGGGCGGCGGCGCGAAGGCCGCGGAGGAGGCCGUGGCGGGGGAGGCGAGGCCGAUAGAGAUAAGGCGCGAGUGGGCGCCGAGGAUCCGGGAGCUGGAGCUCAGGGUGCAGCAGCUCCUCCACAAGCACCAGUAGCAACCACAAAAUCAUGGUCGUUGGUUAAAGAGCUCUGUUGAUUAAAAAUGGCCAAUCCAUGUUUGUGCCGGCGAAGAAGCGUGCUCUGAAUCUGUUGAAUUUUGAUUCUUGGAACACAGACAGCUCUGCUUUUUAUGCA